UGCGGUGAUUCAUCGCGGGCAGAUCGCAGGCAGGAAAUGGGAGUUUGCUGCCUGCCCCGUGCCCGUCGUGGGCUCGGGCUCGCCGGGGCCUGGCGGGCGGCAGGGGCCUGACGCCCACGGGCACAGCGGCCCCGAGCUGCGGAGAGCGGAGCCCCCCCGGGAAGGAAGCAACCGGCGGAGGCCGAGAGCCGGAGGAUUUUUCGCCUGCGUUUCUCCAGAAGAGAGCAAGCUGCCCGUGAGCGGGGGGGGAGCGGGGAGCCCUUGGGGCUGGGCGAGCCGGGGCUGCUGUCCCCUGGGGGCUGCCCCUGUCCGGGUGUCCCUCUGUGUGUGUCCCCCCCCCCCCCCCCACGGGGACCCGCGGGGUGGCGGUGGGCUGGGGGGGGCUCCAUUGAGAAGCGGAGCGUGGGAAAGAGGGGGCGGGGCCUGGGGGCUGCCUGCCCGCGGAUUGGCUGGGGGGGGGGGGAGAGACCCCCAAAUAGUGCCCGAAAGGAGGGGGCAGCCCCGGGCUCGCUCCCCGCUGGGAUGCGCCUGGGGGCAGCCGGACCCCAGCUCCCCACGGGCGGCUGCGGCGUGGCCUCGGGGCCACGAGUUGUGGGGGUCUCAGCCCGGCCGGGGGCUGCGGGGGGAGAAACCCCCUUGGGGCACCGCAGAGGGGCCGAGCACAGCCCUCGGGAGCUGCUGGCAAAGCUGCCCCAGACCCCCUGCAGCCCCCAGGGGCGUGGGGACCCCGGCAGCUCGCUGGGUGCGGGGUUGCACCUUGCUUCUUGCAUGCGUGUGGUGUGCUUGGGGGCAGGGUUUGGGGACCUGUGCAUCGUGCUUGGGGUCAGGACGUGGAUGCCUUCGCCGUGCUUGGGGCAGGGGCAUGGGACACUUGCACGGUGCUUCGGAGCACACCACUGGGACCCCGUUACCUUGCUCAGGGUCAGGACGCAGGGAUGCUCGCAUGGGGUUGGGAUGUGGGGGACUUUGCAUCAGGGCAGGGGUUGGACGUGGAGAUGUUUGCGUGGUGCUGGAGGCCAGGACAAGGGGACCCUUGCAUGGCACUUGGUGUCGUGUGGGGCCCCUCGCACAGUGCUCAGGAUGGGGUUGGGGUGCAGGAGUUUUGCAUCAGGGGACUUGGGGACCCAAUUAUUGGGGUCAGUAUGGCAGGACCUCUGCAUCAGGGUGAGGAUUUGGGAACCUCUGCAACGGGGUCAAGACUUGGGGACUGCAGCUCCUCUUGGAGCUCAGCAGCUGGAAGCGGGGGGUGGCGGGGGCAGGUUGUGUCUCUCUGGUCCCUCCUUGCAGGGGUUCAUUCACCGAGGCCCUGGGGCCCCCCACAUCGCCCCUUGCUCCCGCUGGGCGUCCGUGGGUGGCCUCCAAGCUGGAGCACAACAAUUCCAAGUCAGAUGCGGCGCUGGAGCUAUUUUAACUCCCCCCUGAGCUCCCCCGACCCACUGCCAUGAAGAAGAAGACGGCCAACGGGAGGGGACCGGAUCCGGCGGCCCCCCUGCCACGUGCCCGGGGCAUUGCCAAGCCAGCAGAGUACGUGGGCUCCUUCGCGGUGGAGGACCUGGACCUGCAGCGGCAAGUGGGGUGGCUGGAGGAGCAGCUGCGGGCACUGAAGGACUGCCCCAGGAGGAGGUCGGUGGUGCUGAGGUUCAGCUUGCAAGGGCUGAAGGUCUACGGUGCCGAUGGGGAGACGCUGCUGAUGGCGCACGCUCUGCGCCGGAUCCUGUACAGCACCUGGAGGCACGCUGAGCACCAGUUCGCCUUCGUGGCCCGCAACCCCUACAGCCCCCCCAGCGCCCUCUUCUGCCACCUCUUCAUGGGCCCCCCGGGUGAGGUGCAAGUCCUGCACCUCCUGCUCUGCCGCUCCUUCCAGCUCGGCUAUCUCCUGGCGCACCCCGAGGAGCAGGCGGGCGAGGGGGAGCCGUCGGGUGCCGGGGUGCUGCGGGAGCCGCUCAACCCCGAGGAGGUGUCACGAAAUGUCAACGCGCUCGUCUCCUUCCGGCGCCUGCCCGCGCCCAUCGGCCUCGGCUCGCUGGGUGCAGGGGAGCGGCGGCCGGAGGCUGAGGGCCGAGCUGGCAGCUGGCGCCCAGGGAACCCCUACUGCUCCCCGGUCCUGGUGCGCAAAAAAGCCAUCCGCAGCAAAGUCCUGCGCUCGGGCGCCUAUCGUGACUGCGGGGCUGAGAGCCAGCCGCAUCAGCCACCCCGCGAGGCCGCGGCCUCGGGAUGGGAGAGCAAAGGGGCGCGGAGCCUGGCACUGCUCCCCGAGAACGAGAGCAUCCUGGCCGAGAGCGUGUGGGCCUUUGCCGGCAUCGCCAGGGACGGCGGCAUCGCGCUGCUGCGCAGGGACGUCCCCGGCGCCUUCCUGCUGCGCCCUGAGCCCGGCCUGGCCAAGCGCUGGUGCCUGUGGGUGCGGGCGCCCUGCGGCGUCGUCCCCUACUGCGUCUUCAGGACACCCCAGGGACGGUUCUGCGUGGAGGAGCACGGCACCGAGCAGAUCUACAACGACGUCGCCUACCCGCUGGUCGAGAUUGUCUCAGGCAGGUGUUGGUAUGACAGACAACCUCCCCGAGCAGGCCCAAGAGGUGGUAGCUGGCCAAGAACUGCAGCACCCGUCUCCGUUUGCAGCAGUGACGUGUCUAACCAAGUUCAUGUUCAAGAACCUGAGAGACUUCAACAGCAGUUUCAAAAAGCAUCUCAGCUGCAUUUCACUCGCCUCCAGGGUGUCACUGAAGGUUACAAUGGCACCAUAUUCGCCUAUGGCCAGACUGGCAGCGGGAAGUCAUUUACCAUGCAGGGGGUUGUGGAUCCUUCUACAGAGAAAGGCAUUAUACCUAGAGCAUUUGAACACAUUUUUGAGAGCAUCCAGUGUGCUGAAAAUACCAAGUUCUUGGUGAGAGCUUCCUACCUGGAGAUUUACAAUGAAGAUGUACGAGACCUUCUAGGAGCUGAUACCAAGCAGAAGUUGGAGCUGAAGGAGCACCCGGAGAAGGGGGUGUACGUGAAGGGGCUUUCUCUGCACACUGUGCACAGCGUGGUCCAGUGCGAGCGGAUCAUGGAGAUGGGCUGGAGGAACCGAGCAGUGGGUUACACCCUCAUGAACAAGGACUCGUCCCGCUCCCACUCCAUCUUCACCAUCCAUAUGGAAAUCUGCACCGUAGAUGAGAGAGGGCAAGACCACCUUAGGGCUGCAAAACUCAAUUUAGUGGAUCUGGCAGGAAGUGAAAGACAGUCAAAAACUGGAGCCACAGGGGAGCGGCUCAAAGAGGCCACCAAAAUCAACCUAUCCCUCUCUGCUCUGGGCAAUGUCAUCUCAGCCCUGGUCGACGGCAGGUGCAAACACAUCCCCUACCGCGACUCGAAGCUGACCAGGCUGCUGCAAGACUCCCUUGGAGGGAAUACCAAGACCCUGAUGAUAGCAUGCUUAUCUCCAGCUGAUAACAACUAUGACGAAAGCCUCAGCACUCUGCGCUAUGCUAAUCGAGCAAAAAACAUCAAGAACAAGCCCUCUAUCAAUGAGGACCCCAAAGAUGCUCUGCUGAGGGAAUAUCAGGAGGAGAUUAAGAAACUGAAGGCCAUUCUAGCUGAACAGAUGAACGCGAAUAACUUGCCAGGCCUUCUACCUGCCGAGACUGCUCACUUGGAAGUGAAGCCAGCUCACCCCCUCAAACCCCAGCUAGAUGUUGAAGCAGAGAAGCAGCUGAUCAGAGAAGAGUACGAGGAGAAGCUGGCCCAGCUAAAGGCCAGCUAUGAGGCAGAGCAGGAGUCUCGUGCCCGCCUCGAAGAGGACAUCAGUAACCUGAGGAAUUGCUAUGAUCUCAAGCUGUCUGCUCUGGAGGAGAACCUCAGGAAGGAAGCAGGUGCUAUGAGGACUGAAACUGCUCCUGAUGAGACACCUUUGCCUGAAGACUCUGUUGCUGCAGUGGAUGAAGAACCAGUAUCAGUCAAGGAUGCAGCAGCGCCUCAGACUGUCCAAGACACUGGUGGUGUGAGCAGGGGGAGUGCUGGAGCAGAGGUGGCUGUCACCACGGAGGGGAUUUCAGUGCCUGUAGACCAGCAGCAGGUGCUUGCCAGGCUGCAGAUGCUAGAGCAACAGGUGGUAGGGGGGGAGCAGGCUAAAAACAAGGACCUCAAAGAAAAGCAUAAACGCCGGAAAAAGUAUGCAGAUGAGCGGAGAAUGCAGCUAGUGACUGCGCUACAGAAAUCUGAUGAGGACAGCAGCGACUGGGUUCUGCUUAAUGUCUACGACUCCAUCCAGGAGGAGGUUCGAGUCAAGAGCAAACUUCUGGAGAAGAUGCAGAAAAAGCUGCAGGCUGCUGAGACCGAGAUCAAAGAUCUGCAGUCAGAGUUUGAGCUGGAGAAGAUCGAUUACCUCAACACCAUCCGCCGGCUGGAGCGAGACUCCAUGCUCUUCCAGCAGCUGCUGGAUCAGGUGCAGUCCCUCAUCCGGCGUGACUGCAACUACAGCAAUCUGGAGAAGAUUAAGCAUGAGUCUGUCUGGGAUGAGGAGGCUGGCUGCUGGAAAAUUCCAGAGCCUGUCAUUCAAAAAACCCACCUGCCCGCAGUUCCAGCACUGCCACAGUCUAAAUCUGCCAGAAAGAGCCCUUCAGCUGAGAGUGGAGAACCAAUGCAAGAGGAAGACCGCUACAAGCUGAUGCUGAACAGGAGCGAGAGUGAGAGCAUUGCCAGCAAUUACUUCCGAUCCAAGCGAGCCAGCCAGAUUCUUAACACUGAUCCAAUGAAGAACCGAGCUCAGCCCACCGCUCCCUCGGGGCUGAACGCCGCUGUGACCAGCACCUCUGCCACGCUGCUGCCCCAGCCCCGUCCGUUCCGCCUCGAAUCCCUCGACGUCACACCACCGGCCUCCAAAACCACGCGGAAAAGGGGCAAAGGCGGCAUGGCCAGCGACACCUCCUGACUGCGGGGUUGGGAUGUGGGGGGACUGCGGGGCUGGGGGAGCUGCGCGGGGCCUGGCGCUGUAAUUCCACCCCAACACGGACAGCGUUGGCUUGGG